GACCCAUCAACGCAACAGAUCAAAUUACAAGACACAGAAGUGAAGAAAACCAAGAGGAUGAGAGAUUGCAGCAAACACCCAGUUUACAGAGGAGUUCGAUUGCGCAAUUGGGGCAAAUGGGUUUCUGAAAUUAGGGAGCCUCGCAAGAAAUCAACAAUCUGGUUGGGCACAUUUCCAACCCCAGAAAUGGCUGCCAGAGCCCACAACAUGGCGGCAUUGAGCAUAAAAGCUGCCAUGGACAAAUUUGAUGCUCCAUCAACUUCUUCUUCGUCAUCAUCGCCUUUGUCAUCAUCUUUAGGGUCGACCUCGGAUGAAUUGAGCGAGAUUGUGGAGUUACCCAGAUUAGGAACGAGCUUCGACUCGCCCAAGUGCCAGAAUGAACAGAGAAAAGAAGAGUAUUUUUUAAGACAACCAAUCCAUAAGGGUAUUUUGGCCAUUUUCAAAGUUAUGUCCAGCUGA